AUGAACGUCGACAGAUUCAAGGCUUUCGUGGAUUACAAAACCCCCUGGGGCUGUUACUACAUAGGCUCUCCGGAGCAACAGCAGGGCUUGGGAAGGCGGUUCUUCCUGCGUUCCAGAAGACAACAACAAAUCAUAGAAUACAACAAACGUUGCGCCGUCGAAGAUGCCAAUGCUAGACUCGUAGCUGACGUCGAUGUACUCCCGCCGAUCACGACACAGUCGGCCAUCGAGUUUUCCAAGAUUGUGACAUCCAUAGAAGCUGAGGAAGAUUAUCUUCAGACACUGUGCAAUGUGGAUGAAGGGCAGUGCUCGGAAAUUCACUUUGGCGGAUUUCUUGAUGGCAUGAAGGCUUCUCAUCAAUAA